GAGUACAAUCAUGUACCCUUACAUUUGAAAUUGAGUGGGCAUGAUGCUAAUCAUAUACAAUAUAACUUUGUUUUGUGAAGAAAAUAACAAUUUCGUUAACUUAGUGUGAUCUUAAAAUGAAGUACAAAGUAAUAAUUGUAACAUUUUUGGCUAUGAAAAAUGUGAAAUAUCACUGUAAAAGUUUGCUAAAAUGACUUGUUAAAUUUGACAUCUUGAAAUUAACUUAGAGACAGGGGAAAGUGAGCAUUUUUGACAUGUCAAGAAUAGGCGGUUUGUUGUUUUAAUGAAAUGGUUAAAAUCUUAUUGAACUUUAACUUUCAGUUUUGGCCCUAAUGAUGGAUGGGGGUCUAGUCAUGGAACAAGAUUUAACUCAGGCUGUCAAGAUAGUGAUCAAGUAUGAGAUACAAUCAUUAUUAAGCCGUCUGUCAGAGAUAGGUGAAGAAUAUAUUGUACUGACAGCUAGCACAGGUGAGGGCACAUGUGGACAUAUUGGCUCAGCAAAAGGAGAAGGCUUUGUGAAGUCAUCCGGUCUAAAUUCUGUCAAGCAAGAAUUUCUUAACUUUUGUUCAGGGAAGGAAAAAUCUCCUCAACCCCCACCUAUUGUAAAUACCACCUCAACUCCUAAGCCAAACAGACGCAAAUCUACCCCAAGAUGUAAAUUCCAACAAAGCGCAGUUGUAGUGAAGCUGGAAGAUUCCAUAAUUCCUGAAAUAUCAACAUCCAUUAAAGAAACAGAUCUCACUUCCUCAAUCCUCACUGAUUCAGCUCUAGAUCUGAGCGAGAAAUCCUCCGGCUAUUCAUAUACCUUGGAUAGCAAAGAUGAUGUCCUGAAGUAUAACGGGAAAGCAGCGCAGAACGCUUUUCCUGGUUUCCCAUAUGAAGAGCUUGCAAAUGAUACUAAAGAGUUUCAACAGGUGAAAUUGCCACGCUUUACUUGGCAAGAUGAAAAACUUAAGUGUGUUAGUCAAGAGAUGGCUGACAAUGGUGGUGAGAAUUUUUCAAUAAAAUUGGAAAAAGAUGCAGUUGAUCAAAUUGAAAAUGGAGCCCUUAAAAGUUUGCCUUUUGGCGAUGUUAGUGUGUAUGAUGGUCUAAGUAUUUUCGAGAGGGGGAGACAGCAGCUGGGUUUAAGAAAUAGAAGGAAAAAUCGGAGAGCACCAGUGAAAAUACAGAAGAGAGAGCUGAAUGUUGAUCUUCCUUUGGACACAGCUGGCAGUUCAGUUGUUAAAAUGGAAAGUGAAAGUGCAGUUGAAGGCUUAGACAAUCAAAUAUUAAAUGCAUUAAGUGUUGCUAAUAUAAAUGGUCCCGAGAUAGUAAAUAAUAAUUUGGAUUUGAAAUCAGGGGUGUCUGGCAAUAUGAGAAAGGCUGCCAAAAAGCACAGCACUAGUGAAAUAACUGAUAUGAAAAGUGCAUUUGAAGAAAUCGGAAACAUGGCCAAAUGCUUGAUCUGUAAUAAGAUUCUCGCAAAUAAAAACAAUCGCACGUUUCACUGGCGGUCACAUGUUGGGGAUAAGAGGUACACAUGCGAUAUCUGCAACAAAGCAUUCACUCAUCCAUCUAAUAUGCGAUCACAUCGUAAAAUCCACACGGACGAAAAACCAUUUCCAUGUGACCUGUGUGAGCGAAGGUUCAGACGACGGGAUUAUCUUCUGCAGCAUUUGGAACGCUUUCACUACAAUCCAAAACAAUCAGAAAAGUCUCAGGCGGAAGGUGAGAGCAACAGUAACUGAGUACAUUUAAACCAAUAGGUCUGUUUAUCUCAAAAUUAAAGCCUGUCUGGUUGUAGGCAGUGAUUAUAUUUUUGCUCCAACAAAUCUUUUUUACAUAUGUGUGUACAAUCACCUAUAUUUGCUAAACUUAAUUUUAGAGUAAUUCUGCAGGAUAUAUUAUAAAUCCAUGUUUUGUAGAAGCCUGUAAAACUGUAAAAAGGCCCUUAAUUGGUAAGAAUGAACAAAUGUAAGGAAAUUUAUAUGCAGUAAUGAACAAUAUGGUAUUAUAAUUAUUAUUGUAGAUGAAUGGUGUUUUUAUAAAGAUAGUCUUCUCAUAUGUAAGAGGAAUACAUUAUUUAUAAUUGGCUGGGUACAUACGGCAAAGUAUCUUUUUAUGAAGCAUAUUUUAUCCCACCUUAAUUAGAAUACCUGGAAGAGUUAUUUGACUACCUGAAACAGCUAUUUAAAUUUUCAUUAGAAUACCUGGAAAAGCUAUUUUACUACCUGAAACAGCUAUUUAAAUUUUCAUUAGAUAGAAUACCUGGAAAAGCUAUUUUACUACCUAAAACAGAUAUUUAAAUUUUUAUUAGAAUACCUGGAAAAGCUAUUUUACUACCUGAAACAGCUAUUUAAAUUUUUGUAAGAAUACCUGGAAAAGCUAUUUUUCAGAAUAUCUGAAACAGCUAUUUUAUUAUAAUACGUAGAAGGGCUUUUUUGAAUGACAUGUUUCAAAACAUCAUUCUGUCAACAGGCCUACAAGCUUUCAACAACACAGUUACACUGUUUAACCUCAUUUUAAAGAAUUUUUUUUUUUAAUUUGUUAACAUUCCCAAACAGAAGGGAAAAAAUAGUUGUUUUUUUGUGUUACAAAACUUUGAAGAAAUCCAGCGAAGUAAAAUAUAUGCUCAUUAUGAUGUACAAAAGCUGACAAUCUAAAUUAUCUUUUUGUAUGAGAAAAUGUAAGAGUCAAUUUUUUUUACAUAUUUUUUUAUCUAUUAAUAGUGUUUUUCUCCACAGGCUGUGAAUCGUGUUUCUAAUUCUUCAAGGUGUGUUCAUAAAGAUCAUUGGCAAGUCCCAGUUAUUGAAAACACAUUCCAUAUUACAGAAUAUUAAACUUACAAUGUUUAUACAGUAUUAAAGAUGUACGUCAUUCCAUCAUAAGCCAGAACGUGCCAUGCUGGGCAGAUGUACACAUAAGAGUUGUAAACAUUGAGAAAAUUACAUUAUAACUCUGACAGUAUUGAUUUUACAUAGGUUAAAAUUAGAAAACGCUUAGCUUUUUCAAAAUUGUGAAAGCUCGCCGUUGAUUGGCUGUUUGAAAAUUCACAAGAAAGUGAUAACCUAUUGGUGAUCAUCAGAUCCUAAUGCGUAGCAUCAUUUAGGAGCUGAUUUUAAUCACAUUGGAUUUUUAUCCUAAAUUUCAUGGAUUAAUUACAAACAUUUACAAACUACAACUUUGAAAUAUAGGAAGAUGAUCUAAAAAUGAUUGCUUUAUUUGGAACUGAAGAUAUUUUUAUAAUUACUACAGUUAUAAUCUCAAAGACUGGCUUGUCCACAGACUUUUUUUUUGAACACACCUUGUACAUUUUGAAGCAUUCAUCGUUUUGUACAUAUAAACAAAGAUUCAGUGUUUGUUUUUAUUUCUGUAAUUUUGUUACUGAUUACAUCUUUCCGAUAGAAAACGUGCGUUAAUUUACAUUAUAUUUGUUACAUAUCAGUAUAUUAUAUAUCGAAACAUAUCAAAAUAUUUAUAUAUACAAUAUAAUUACAUUCCUGGAAGUUUAUUGCUCAAAGUAUGUUAUAUUUAGUUACUGUUAGAUUUUAUAUAAAAAAACAGGACUCUUAUUUUUUGGUCAAUUUGUUUUGCUCUUUUGUCGCAGCUCAGACAGUAUUGUUUAUAAUGAUAUAUUAUAGAAUAUAUGACAAUCAUUGAUAUUUUGUAUGCACUUUUUUUUCUAAAUGUAAACUAUGUAAGAUAUAGACUUAUAUGUCAAGAAUAUAUAAAAUAUAUGUGCUACAUGCAAAAGGUAAUAUUGCUUUUAUAGUUAGUGCCCAGUUUGGGAUCUGUACAGAUACAGGUUAAGAAUGUAAAUUCAUCGAGGACCUUUUGAAACGGUUGCAGUUGAUACAUGUUAUAAAGCUAAAGAUACCCAACAGAUUUUCUCAUGAUAUUCUAAGAUACAUGUAAUGUACAUUGUAUAUUAUACUGUAACUAAGAAAUUUCAACCGAGUGAUUAUUAGUUGGCAAUAUUGGCGAUAUCUAAUGUAUGUUGUUUACCUAUAUUUUUUUUAUAAGGUUAAUUUGUAACAGGAAACACACAUUAAGACUACAGUACAACCUGUGUAUAGCAACCACCUUUGAGAAAGAAAGAUUUAGAUUUAUGCUUGAGUGAUGCUGCUCAGUAUAGGUUAAAUGUUUUCAAUGAGUCUGAUUUUUAGAAAUAUUGAUACGUUUUUUGUAAAGAGGUAAUUGCCCUAUUGUAAAGAGGUAAUUGCCAUACAAAGAGGUUGCUUUGCAGAGGUUGAACUGUAUCAACAAAUAUUACUAAUAACUAGGUACUGUAGUUAAAUUUGUUCAAUUAUAUUUUUGCUUGUUUUAAUAUCCCUAACAUUAUUGAUAGACAGGUAGUUGUAAAUGUAGAUUUUGUAUAAAUGAUUUUUUUUGCCUUAUUUCCAUUUUUCCAAAAUGGCAUAAUUUAAUG